AUGCUGGCACAUGCACAGUUUCAUGUUUUCGAUCUGAAGCUUAGUUCCUAUGAUUUGAAUAGCCUUCAUAAACAACUGCUGAUAGGUCUGGGAGCUCAGAUUUCUAUUAUUCAUUUCCUCUUGUGUGCUCCUUAUGAGGCCUUAGAGCUUCUCCAGGUACCAAAUUCUAACGUCCCCUUAAUUGGUGAAAACGGACAUCUGCGUUCAAGAUCAACAUCUCAGCAUUUUCAAGGCGAUCGUACUGGAAUUAGCUGUCGGGGACCAGGAAUAUCAGCUUCAAGUGUGGAUACAAUAUCUGACUCAUUGAGUUUGGCAACAACCGCAACGGAAGGAACAAUUGGAGAGGUGUGGGAAAGAAAACAGUAUUCCGCCAUGCCCUUAGGAUGUGCUGUGAUUAGAAACCGGCCACCUUCAUUUUUAAAUCUCUCAAGUCGUGGUCAAGAACAGUCUUCAGAAAAAGAUCUCUACGAGUUCCUGAGAGAUGCGGAAUUGGAACAUUAUUAUUCUGUACUUACACGCCAUUUAAAAAUUCGUUCAGUUCAGCAAAUCAAGUAUGUUGAAGAUUCUGAUCUUGCAGAACUGGGAUUCAGUCGGCCAGAACAACGACGUUUACGUAAACAUUUCAAACGUGAAUGCCCACAAACUGCAAUGGGAAAGCUACGAAAGCGGUUGGCUCGUUCAACUAGCGGUCGAUGUUCAUCACUACGAUUUAAAGACACAUUAGAUGGCUUAUCUUCGCGUAACUUGAAUGUUUUAUCCAUUUCGCUUGACAGCACACCAACAUCUGAAGAUGGUGAUUCGAAACGACGUACUCUACUAUUUACGCAAGGUUCUAAGUCGGAUGACCUCAGUAAAUGUUUGGAAGAUGAUUUAGGCAAUUUAACUGUCGAUGGGAAUAAAAAUUACCGAGUUAUUCGAUCAAGUGAACUUGAAAUAGGCAGUAGUCUUGGAGAAGGAGAGUUUGGAAAAGUUUUUCAGGGUGUUUGGCAUACAGACUCAAGACGUGUUAAGAUGGGUGAUGAAACUUGCGAUUUCCUGAAUGAAAUAGCAAUGAUGCAUCGACUAGAUCAUCCAGAUAUUGUACGCCUUCUUGGAGUAUGUGUUGAAAUCAAUACAAUUAAAAUUGUUACUGAACUUGCACCACUUCGUUCACUGUUGGAAUGUCUUCGCGAAUCUGAACUACGGUCAAGUUUUUCUGUCCCUAUAUUGCAUAAAUUUUCACUACAAAUUGCGCGUGGAAUGAGUUAUUUAGAAGAAUGUGGUCUUGUACAUCGUGAUUUAGCUGCUAGAAAUGUCUUAGUCUUUUCAAAAGAUGUUGUGAAAAUUAGUGAUUUUGGAAUGAGUCGUGCACUACAACUCGGUAAAUCGUAUUACCAAUCGAAUUUCAAUGUCAAUCUGAAACUGCCUAUUGCAUGGUGUGCACCAGAGUGUAUACAUGAUUUAUUAUUCACUACAGCUUCAGAUAUGUGGGCGUAUGGGAUUACACUGUGGGAAAUAUUCACUUAUGGUUUUACACCAUGGGCUGGUUUGGCUGGUCGACAAGUAUUGGAGAUGAUCGAUGCUCCGCGUUUCCGUCGAUUGGAUCAGCCAGAUGCAUGUCCAGAUCCAAUCUAUGAUGCUGUGAUGAGAGCGUGUUGGGCGCAUGAACCGAAGGCUAGGCCAACAUUUGCUCAACUGCUUGGUAUGCUUCCACGUCUCAGUCCUGAAGUUUGGGUAACAGCAAGUGAAUAUCGUCCAGAUUCAGACCUUAAUGUGGACACAAUUAGUACAACUGAAGAAUUUCCUUAUAAUCCUGGAUUUCGCCCACAUGGAACGCGAUCAUUAGGUCGACCAUUGUUCAUCAGAGCCAAUGAAACAGUUUGUGUACUUGGUAAAAGGAGUAGUACAACAUGGAAGGUGGUAAAUUUACGUACUGGUCUUGUCGGUUGUAUUCCGUGCAGCAUUUUAAAGCCGUAUACAGGAGCGAAUGAUUCUUCAUCUCGUGAUCAAACAUUAAUAACAAGCCACAAUAACAGUACUAAUAAUGGCAGUGGUAAUGCUAGUGGAAAUUCGAAUAAUAUGGGACUGGUAGCAAGAACUCGUUUACGUAUGAGUCGAAGAGCAUCAUUAACAGACUUGGCUAUACGUAAAACCGUGUCCCGACUCAACAAACUUGGUACAAUCAUUCCUACUGAUAGUGUAAACAGUAAUAGUAGUAUUAUUAGUGGUAGUGCAAUACGUUCACGUGGAAAAAUUACAGCUGAUCAAUAA